AAAAGGGGCCAUGUCUUGCUCCGACAACCGGCUGCUUCUGCCCCCGUGCUACAGGGAGAAGUGACCCUACCAUGGACUGCGACUCGCUGAUCAGUGAGGACUUUACAAUGGGAGUGCAGAUUAUCCAGGUGAACUUGCGGAAAAAAGCGAAUAGCAUCGCUCACCACACAUCUGACUUCCAGAAUGAGAAACUUGUGCUCAGGCGAGGACAAGUGUUCCACCUGCUGGUGGUGCUGAACAGGCCUCUUGGACCCCAGGACCAGCUGAUGCUGCAGUUCAUUACUGGAAAGAAAAACGCUAUCUCCAGACACACCAUGGUGGAGCUCAACGCAAGGACAUCCAACCUUUCUCAGGACUGGAAGGCAACUAUUUCCAAAGUGUCUGGCUCUGAGGUCACAGUGGCUGUCACCAGCUCCCCCGACGCUUUAGUGGGCAAGUACAGACUGAGUGUGAAGUGUGGAAACCAUACCUUUAAGUGUGAAAAGAUCUUUCUUCUCUUCAACCCAUGGUGUAAAGAGGACAAAGUCUUCAUGCCUAAUGAGGAGGAGCGAACAGAGUACGUCCUCAACGACACUGGCUACAUUUACAUGGGUGUCACCAAGCAAAUUAGAGGAAAGCCCUGGAUCUUUGGUCAGUUUGAGAAGCAUAUCCUGAAUUGCUGCCUCUCUCUCCUGAAGCCUCACAUCAUCAAGACCACAGACAUGAAUGACCCCGUGGAGGUGUCCAGGUCCAUGUGCACUAUGAUGAGCUCUGCCAAUAAGGGAGUGCUGGUGGGGAACUGGUCAGGAGACUACAGCAAGGGCACCGCUCCAUAUGUGUGGACCAGCAGUGUGCCCAUCCUGCAGCAAUACUACACCACCAAGAUGCCAGUGAACUUUGGCCAGUGCUGGGUAUUCUCUGGAAUCCUGACUACAGCACUGAGAGCCUUGGGCAUCCCAACGCGCAGUGUGACCAACUUUGAGUCAGCUCAUGACACGGAAAAAAACCUCACAGUAGACAUCUUCCUGGAUGAAAAUGGCAAGACGAUUGGAACAAUGACCAGAGACUCAGUCUGGAAUUUCCAUGUGUGGAACGACGUCUGGAUGAUGCGAUCUGAUGAAAACGGUGACAAUCACGGCUGGCAGGCCCUGGAUGGGACGCCACAGGAGAUAAGCCAGGAACGCUUCCGCUGUGGGCCUGCACCCCUGACUGCCAUUCGCAAGGGCGAUGUCGCCGUGAAAUAUGACACCAAGUUCAUCUUUACGGAGGUGAAUGGUGACAAGCUCAUCUGGCUGGUAAAGCAGACGCCAGAGGACAAGAAGUUCAUCCUCAUCGCUGUGGAGACCAUGAGCAUUGGCAAGAACAUCAGCACCAAGGCGGUGGGCCAGGACCAGCGCGUGGAUAUCACCUACCAGUACAAGUACCCUGAAGGAUCCCCCGAGGAGAGACAGGCCAUGAACAAGGCCUCCAAUCUCCUCAAUAAAGUGGUGGAACACAAGCCACCAACAAGAGAGGACUUUUACCACAUAUCUGUCACUGAGGACUCUGUGCAGCUGGGGGAUCCGAUCAUUCUGACGAUUGUUCUGAAAAGGAACAUGGUCUCCUUAAAGAAUGUCAACAUCUCGUGCUCCCUUGACCUGCAGACGUACACGGGCAAGAGAGUGGCAAGCCUGGGUGUCAUCCAGAAGACAGUGCAGAUCCAGAAUCCAGAAACCGAGGUGGUUCUCACCAUGAACGCCAGCUCCUACAUCAAUAGCUUGGGCAUGCUCGAUGAUGAGCUAGUCAUCAAAGGGUUUGCCAUUGCGGAAGUCGUGGGAUCCAAUAAUGAGAUGGUGGCCACCGAGGUGUCCCUGAGCUUCCUGUAUCCUGACUUCUUCAUAGAGAUGCCCAACACAGCCAGGGUUGACCAGCCACUUAUCUUCACGUGUAGCUUCAAGAACUCCCUGCCCAUCCCUUUGACUGAAAUCAAGUUCUCAGUGGAAAGCCUGGGCAUCUCUUCUAUGAAGACCAUGGACCAGGGGGUACUGCCACCUGGAAAGUCCAUCCAGUUCCAAAUGAAUUGUGUUCCAGUGAAAUUAGGACCCAGCAAGUUUAUCAUCAAGUUCACUUCCAGACAAGUGAAGGAGGUUCAUGCUGAGAAGAUGGUUCUCAUCACCAACUAGCCUCCCUCUGUCUGAGGCUGAAGAACGAAGGCUGGAGCCCUGAUUGGUUCUGAGCCUGGGCUAAGCAUUUCAGCAUUUUCCAAUAUGCAUGCAGUUUUCAGAUCAUGUAUGACUAGAUUUGAUUAAUCAUGGGAGAGCAGAUUCAAGAGCCAGCCUGGUGAAAGAUAGAGUGCUCCAAAGCCAGCAUAAACCACAGCUCCAUGAGGCCACCUCAACUCUUUGCCAGCUGGAAACAACUAGCUUAGGCACCAGCACCCCCUGAAAAUACACACCCUGGAGUCUUGGCCUUAGAAAGUGAUGCCACUGUUGUCCACAUACAUCUGAAGCCACAGCUUCACCCCAUGAAGUGAAUGGGAAGGCCAGAGCUGCUGCUCAAUGGGGCUGGAAGUGGACAUCUCUUCAGUGCGUGGGUGUGCCGGGACUGGAGGCAGCUGCCAACUGGAUUAUAGUCUCAGCAUUGGGUGGGGUUGGGUAGUGGGUAAUACCAGGUCCACUGGGGGGCCUGGAGGUCAAGAUGGCAGGCCCAAAGGAAAGCGCCCUGGAGUUGGUCCUGGGCUGGGUGCCACUGGCCUCCCCAUCUAGAGACUCUGUCCUCCCAUCUGGGCAGAGUGCACUUUCUCAGAGGAAAGGCCCCAUGCCAGCUUGAGGCCUUCUCUGCCUGGGGACUGGGGAAGAGAGACCCCCCUAGCUUGCACCCCUUCCCUAGAGCAGGUUCUGUGGCACAGGCACAGCAUCCCAGAGCAGCAGCUACAACCCGUGCCGGCUCUACCCUUGCAGAUCUUCCCAGAUGAUUGCAAUGUUUUCAAUUAAACGUUGGCAACUUCAACAUGGUUGUGUCCAGGGCUGGAGAGAUGGCUCAGUGGUUAAGGUUCUUGCCUGCAAAGACCUGGGUUCA